GGCUUCAGCACAACGUCGUUUUUCAGGGGAGGGUUGGGUUGGGCUGGGCCAUCUAUGCAGCCCAAACACAUAUACUUAUUCUCAGCCCAAAAAUAUUUAAAACAAAUUAUUGUUGUUAUUUUCUUUUUUAAAGGGAGAUUUUUCUUGCACAAGCAACACGAUGCCGGACUAGAGAUUUACACGAACCCACUAACCCACUACGUGUUGAGAGACUGAGCCUUCACUUGGGGCAUCGUAACUCAACACGUGUCAGCAAUGCAAUGCUCAUCCUCCUCUUCUGCAAAGCUUAAUUCAAAGUUGAAAACCACAGCACAUGUUUGGGUUCACCCUUUCCGAAAAUUCAUCACAGAGAGAGACCAAAACCUGCACACACACACACACACAGACAGAGAUGGCGGGGAAUGAAGAUUGGAGGAAAACGGCAGACACAACAAAAAUGAGUGCAGAGGAAGUGAAAAGAGCUGGAGUGGAGGCAUCAAAGAGGCCCCCUGGUCAUAACCCUGGCGGUGUUCUUCACCAGCGACGCAGGCUUCCCUUUAGCCCUACCGCCAUGGCCAUUACCGGCUUCCUCAUCACCGGCGUCAUCGGCUACUUCACCCUUUACCACCUCAAGAAGCCUGAAGCCUCCGCCGGAGAUGUCGCCAGAGUCGCCACCAAUGUCGCCGAGCCUGAGCAUACUCACCCCAGGAAAUAGUACUUUCAUUUAAUUAUUCUGAUUUUGAUCGAACGGGGAAGAAGAAACUCCACUAGGCUUGGCAGGGGUUUUUCUAAAGUUAUUAAUUUCAUAAUUUGUUUGUUGGCGUCUUUUUCUUCAUAGUUCAAUACUUGAUAUCUUCUUGUAGCAGCAAUCUUGUUGUAGUAGUGUAAAAUUUUCAA